AUGCGAGGGAAAAUACUGUCCGACCUCAAUCUUUGGGGUAAGAUCAGCAUGAUCCCAGGAUUUGCUCCUCUCCUCAUUGCAGCAAAGGAAAUGAUUGCAACCUUCCUUACGCAGGUGAGAUUUGGAAGCAUGACGAUCCAAUUCAAGAUGCUGCUAUUAAGCCAAGGCGUGUACAAUGUAUCCAAAACUGCCGUUCAUUUAUUUGACGAGACACUGAAAAUCGAGUCUUCAAUUUUGGACGACAAACUGCUGGCGGUGGCGACUGGCUCGGUUCGGACAAACGUCACCUUUAACUUUCUAGACCUCAAAGUGCCUCAAGGCUCGAGAUACCUGCCUGCGCAGGCUAAUCUGAAUCAAAUAGCCAAUGCAAACAAUGGCUACACCAGAACGCCCAGCGACCUAUUUGCAAGUAAAGUUGUACGAGACAUCUUGGGUGAUGCGAGUGGGAAACUUUGGAGAGGGAACUACGCAAGCAUUGUAAAGUUCUGCUCAACAUUCAUAUCAAUGUUCAUCAUGGUAAAUUGA